AUGACUGAGAGAAAGAUCGAGAAACGAAUGCUGGUGAUUUCCCACUUCUGCCUUCAGCUCACAUGCAUCGUGGAUUUCGCGGAGCUGCUUUAUCUCGUACGACUUCAGUUUGGUGUGAACCCUCUUAGUAGUAGUGAGAUUUGUGAUCCGGAAAGCAUCGGUUUGCGUCGCGACAUUUGUGAGCGAAGAACGACUGCCGUGAUGACGAGCGAACGAGCGAAUGUGAAGGAAAUAUUGAUGAAUAAUCGUGUUCGACGUCAACCCCAUACGAAACGUAUUCUCUAUACUUAUGUGCCAAUUCCUCUCACAAAUCUACAUAAACGCGACCAUACAAACUACGGCGUGAUUCGGAAAGUGAAAGCGGAUUUGACGAAGCCCUCAUAUAACCACACCGGAUCAGGAGGAAUCAGACGACAACGAGAUUUUUAA